AUGCUCGGCCAGCUCGACGGGAUCCGGUCGGCGGGCUCCAACGGAGAGUCGCAUGCCUGGCAGUCUGAUGGCGAGAGGCGAGAGCGACACAGAGCGGGCCGUCACUCGAAACCAGUCGACCUCCACCUCCACGGCAUUGGCGGGGAUUUACACCUCCACCUCUGCGCCUCCACUUCCUCCCCGUCGCCGCGGGAAUCAAGUGUGGAAGGUCGCCACAACGGCGUAGUGCCUUCCGUCGGUCCAGUCGUCGCGGGCCGCGCUAUGUCCGUGUUGAGAAGAUGCCGCGCCGUGCUCCGCAGCGCCCUCGACGCCGGGACCAAGCCCAGAGUACAGGAAGUUAUAAAGCACGCCCAUCUGAGCAUCCCAUCUUCCUUCCACACCAGCACACAUCUUCACAAGGAUCCCAAGGCAACCAACUUCGAUUUGAAAAUGACCAUUCCCACUCGCGAAUUCGGCAAGACCGGCGAAAAGGUCGGCUGUAUCGGCUACGGCGCCAUGGGCCUGGCAGCCUUUUACGGCGAGCCCGUCGACCAGCCCACUGUCAACGAGGUGCUCUCGCGCUGUCUCGAGGACGGAGCGACGUUUUGGGACACUAGCGACGUCUACUCGCCCAUGAGCUCGGGCAAGCUGGGCUACAACGAAGGGCAGAUCGGCGAGUUCUUCCGUACCCAUCCCGGAUCUCGCGAAAAGGUGUUCCUGUGCACAAAGUUCAUCAUCAAUCUCAAGGACGGCAAGAUGGAGCUCAACGGCUCGCGCGAGUGGUGUCAUCAGGCCUGUUCGGACUCACUCGCACGUCUGGGUGUCGACCAAAUCGAUCUCUACUAUGCACACCGUCCCGAUCCCAACACUCCCGUCACCACCACCGUGGCAGCGAUGAAGGAGCUCAAGGAUGCAGGCAAGAUUCGCUACAUCGGCGUAUCCGAAUACAACCUCGAGCAGCUCAAAGCGGCGAACGAGGUGGUGCACAUCGACGCGCUUCAGAUCGAACUCAGCCCGUGGACACCGGAUGUGCUCACAAACGGUAUUCUCGACUGGUGUGUACGCAACAACACCGCCCUCGUUGCAUACUCGCCCCUCGGCCGCGGAUUCUUGACCGGCCAGUACAAGUCCGUGGAAGACUUUGAGGAGAAUGACUUCCGCCGCUACAACCCCCGCUUUACCGGUGACAACUUUGCCAAGAACCUCGAACUCGUCGACGACAUCCGCAAAAUCGCCAGCAGGAAGAACGCCACCCCAGGCCAAAUCGCGCUGGCCUGGUUGUUGCAGAAGUCGGACGCCAUCAUUCCGAUUCCGGGCACCAAGAAGGAAAAGUACCUCAUCGAAAACAACAAGGCCGCAAACGUCACCCUCGACAAGAGCGAGGUGGACGAAAUCGACGCCAUCAUCAACAGCUUCAAAGUCAGCGGUACGAGGUAUGGGCCCGAAAUGAUGGCCACCGUCGCGUUUUAG